CUGUAAAUUAACUAUUUUCAAUUUUAAAAAUAAAAGAUAUUUUGGAGGCUUAUCUGCUAGUACCUAGGAGUGUGACCUUCUUUGAACAGGGUCUCUAUGGAGGUAACCAAGUUAACACGAGGCGACGAAGGUGAGCCCUGGUCUAAUGAGACUGGUGUCCUUAUAAGAAGUUUGACAACAGGGGCGUGCACACAACAGGGAGACGCCAUGUGAAGAUGAAGGCCAACAUCACGGUGAUGCAGUCACAAGACAAGGACUGUUGAAAAUUACCACACACCACCAGCAUCUAGGAGAGAGGCCUGGAACAGAUUCUGGGCCACAGGUCUCAGAGAGAACCACCCCUACCGAUGCUUUCAUCCUGUACUUCCAGCCUCCAGACCUGUCGUUUUUCUCCAUCAUCACUAUAAACAUGAUACAGCUCUCAGCACAGAGGAAGCACUCAACAAAUGUUUAGAGAAUGACUGGGUCCAGAACUCUUGGCCCUUUAAUUCAUUCUGUCCCCGGGACUCCUAAGCCAAGCCUUUAAAAGGCAGCCUGAGCUGCAAACCUUGAUCACUCAUUCCACACCCUCAGGAGAAUUCCUCCUGUGGUUGCUCAGGACAAUUUCAAAGUCUGGUCUCUUUGACUUCCUAGCAACCAAUCAUCUCUUCAGUUUUCAGCUUCUGAUGCUCAGGUGAGCUGUCCCUAGAUUAGCCCUUAUCUACCCUUUCCCACAACACUACACCCUCAGGAGAAUUCCUCCUGCGGUUGCUCAUGACAAUUUCAAAGUCCGGUCUCUUUGACUUCCUAGCAACCAAUCUCUUCAGUUUUCAGGUUCUGAUCCUCAGGUGAGCUGUCCCUAGAUUAGCCCUUACCUACCCUUUCCCACAACACUGGCCAUUCUCUGCCUUGAUUUUCCAAGCAUAGCCUCAGGUCCCCUGCAUUCCAGUAGCCGCUCUGAUGGGCAGAUGGGGACAUGAAGCCUGACCCUUCUUCAACCACCGAAGGAGGGGCUUGGUACUUGGAAUCCAGAAUGAAUUAUACACGGUUCAUCACAGCCAAGAGUGCGGCCAGAAAACCUUAUUCCAUCAGAGUCAUGUAUGAGAAAUUGGACAAGGCCCCAAAAUCUGUCAUCUCCUUGGCAACUGGAUUACCAAACCCCAACAUGUUCCCUUUCAAGACUGCAGUUAUCACCAUAGAAAACGGGAAAGUUAUCCAAUUUGAUGAAGAGUUGAUGAAGAAAGCACUGCAGUAUUCUCAGAGUGCUGGACUCCCAGAGCUGUUAUCCUGGCUAAAACAGUUACAAGUAAAAUUGCAUAAUCCGCCCACCAUCCAUUAUGCACCCAGCCAAGGGCAGAUGGACAUAUGCGUCACAUGUGGCAGCCUAGAAGGCCUCUCUAAGGUGUUUGAAAUGAUCGAUAAUCCUGGAGAUAAUAUCCUUGUAAAUGAAUCUGUUUAUUCAGGAACAAUUCAUGCUCUGCAACCCCUGGGCUGCAACAUGAUUAAUGUUUCCAGUGAUGAGCACGGGAUUAUUCCAGACUCCCUCAGAGAAAUACUUUCCAAAUGGAAACCAGAAGAUUCAAAGGACCCUGAGAAAAACACCCCCAAAUUUCUUUACACUGUCCCAAAUGGCAACAACCCUGCUGGGAACUCGUUCACAGCUGAGCGCAAAAGGGAAAUCUAUGAGCUCGCAAGAAAAUAUGACUUCCUCAUCAUAGAAGAUGAUCCUUACUAUUUUUUGCAGUUCAACAAGCCCUGGGCACCGACAUUUCUCUCCAUGGACGUGGAUGGGCGUGUCAUCCGAGCUGACUCUUUCUCCAAAGUCCUGUCCUCGGGGUUGAGAGUAGGGUUUAUAACUGGUCCAAAGCCCUUGAUUGAGAGAAUUGUUUUACACAUACAAGUGUCAACAUUGCACACCAGCACUUUUACUCAGCUCCUGGUAUCACAACUUCUACAUCAGUGGGGAGAAGAGGGCUUUCUGGCUCACGUCAACAGGGUUAUUGAUUUCUACCGGAAGCAGAGGGAUGCAUUACUGGCAGCAGCAGACAAGUGGUUAAGUGGUUUGGCAGAAUGGCAUGUUCCUACUGCUGGAAUGUUUCUGUGGGUGAAAAUUAAGGGCAUUCAUGAUGUAAGAAAACUGAUUGAAGAAAAAGCCGUUAAGGACAAGAUAUUCAUGCUUCCAGGACAUGAUUUCUACAUUGAUAGUUCAGCUCCUUGCCCCUACUUCAGAGCAUCCUUCUCUUCAGCUUCUCCAGAACAGAUGGACGUGGCCUUUCAGAGAUUAGCUCAACUUAUAGAAGAACCUCUAUGAAGAAAUCAAACUCUUUGUAGCACUCAUGGAUUUCAGAUAAAUUUCUAUGUUUUAGCAAGAAGAAAUGAUCAUUUGUGUAAGACUUACAGAUUGGGUUUCAACAAUAUGUCACAUUUGUAAUAAUUUAACUACACAACUUUUCAAGUGCCUUUAAAACCAUCAGAAUGCCAAAAUAUAUUUAUAAUCCUUUUGAUAAAUUUUCAACCCCCCAAAAUGUUAUCCUCAUCAUGGGUUUUAUUGUAAAGAACUCUAUAGUCGCUUCCUGCCUUUUCAUACUUAUUAUAGUAAAAUGCCAGGCUGGAUGAAG